AUGAUGGUGUUGACUAAAAGUUUUCACGAUUUUGCAAUCAAAAUAUGUCCAAAUUAGUCUUUCAGGAUGGCUAAUCUCUUUGAUAAUUUGUUUAGUAAUAUAAAGGACACCAAAGAGGAUGAAAAGAAUGGGUCGAAAAUUUGUGCACAUGAACAAAAUGUACCAAAAUAUGAUCGCCAAAAGUCAGAUUUUCAUGGAAAUGCGAAGGUGGCUAUUGGUAUGCCCUCUUCAGCAGUCUCUGCGCCGCAUCCCUCCACGGUUGUUGCAGGUGGUGGACAAGUGCCACCUCCUGUAAUAAGAGGUCGGUCUGCGUCAUCCAGCAGCCAAGGGGCUAGUAAAAGAGACAACUCUGCUGGCCAUGGGAGGAGGCGAGAUGUGUCAUCGAGGGAUUUGUAUUCUCAAAAUGUUGAUGUUGAAAAUGUCAGACUUGACAAAGAUAAAGAAGAUCGAGGCGAAUUUGCUGAUUACCAGGAUCUUGAUAUUGACACAUUGAAAAAAUUCACGAUUCCAAAAAGACAGAAGGUGAAAAAAGGUUUAUUUGAAGAAUUGACACUCACUUCUAGAGAAUUCAAAAAUGAGAUUCUGCCAAUCAUACAGCAAAAUUUCAAGGACAGAGGAGGUUCAACCCAAGCCUUCAAGUACCAGAGUGCUCAGCUCGUUCAUAAUCAGAAUAUCAUGGAUGAGUAUCAAGAGAAGAGAAAGGAGAUGCGAGUUGAUGGUUAUUCUGAGAAAGAAACUGCCGACAGUUAUGCAUUUCUACUUGUGUUUGAUCAGAUUGAGCUACACCAGAUCUGCAAGGAGGGGAUCCGAGCUGGCAAUGUGACGUCGUCUUGUAUUGGUGAUGCUACAAAAGGUGUCACUCUGUGUCGCUUCUCCGACAUUCUAAAACCUUUUACCCUUACAACUGGAGUAAAAGGAAACUUGGUAAUAUUCAGAGUGAUGAAAGGCAAGGUCAAACCGAUGGUGGAGAACCGGGGUGAGAUUCCACUUGAUCCCACGCCUAACUUUGACUGCCAUAUCUCCAAGACCACCAGCAUUGAUCCGUCUCAAGUUGGAAUGAAACAAGCAUUUGAAUCAGCACAGCUCUACAUUUAUGAAUAUGAUGAAGAUUUUGAACCCAAGGCCAGGCCCAGACAGAUCUGUCAAUAUGCUGUGUUACAGUUCCAGUAUGUGCCAACCAGCGAACCCAAGCCAUUAAAAUCAGUCAUAAAACCAAGUCCCGUCUCAAGACCACCUGUCUCUGUCCCAAAACCAGCUGCAGCACCCAAAGAAGUACAGUGCACAGAGAGUGAAGGUUAUGUGGCUUGGAGUGGCAUCUUGAAGAACAAGUACGCCUUGACCUGUUAUGUUGAGCUGGUGACCUUCAACAAUGCUGUCAGGCCUGCAAAGAUAUCUGAUGAAAUCCUGAUAAACACGAGCUUUCCGUUGAGUGUAUUGGAGUCUCGGUUCCUGGGUAACAUAUACAGCCUGGUGAAGGGGAACGAGAAAAAAUACAAUGGGAAGUUUUACAAUUGCUGUGACAUACGGCCCCAGAAAGGUGAUGAAACUAAUCUGAAGAGACUCGUCAAGUUUUUGGAGGUGAAGAAAAAGUUUCUGAUUGCAAAGUUAGAGGAGGAUGUGACUAUCUUGCUGAUUCCUGACUGUGAUGUGACUGUGAAAGUUGGAUUGCCUUCAACUAAACUGCCUGUGAUAUCUCUGCAUUGUAUAUUCAUCUCGCCCAGGAUGUCCAGGUUGGCAGCUUCCAGAGCUCAGCCAGUCCUAUCAUCCCCAACCCAAUCCUAUGGUGGUGGUUUUGACAGCCUCUCUAGUCCACUACUAACAAGUCCCGGAGACUCAUCGCCGAUGACUCCACAAACACCUAACGUCUUUCACCAUCCUCUAACACCUCAAUCGAUGUGGAACACACCAGUCUCACACGAGGGCUCCCCACAAGUCACUUUACCUUCUUCGUACCCAAUCUCGUACGAGGGUGUUCAACCCUAUGGUAGUCUCUUGCAGCAAGCUACUGAUCACGACAUGGAUUAUCGCACUGCCCACGACGUCGAUUAUCGUGCAUUUUAUGACGUCCCAUUUGCAGGUCAACCUCGCAUUGGCUUCUCCCCGGCUGGAUCAGUAUACCACGAUCACGGGCGCGAUCAAUCUCCUUCAUCAGAAGACAGCUUGUAUUCUAGACUGGGACCGGAAAGACAGUAUGACCACCAUGGCCGAGCGACGAGCAGCGCCAGUACAAAGGUUAAACGGCAGUACAGUCGUCCUCCAUUGCUGCCAACUCCAGGAGAAAGAGGAUUACUGCCGACUCCAGGAGAAAGAGGAUUACUGCCGACUCCAGGAGAUCGGGACAAAAAAAUACAUGAUCUUGCUCAAUCCAAAGCUUCAUCAUCAUCUGCGGACCCGAAAUUACUUGCUCUGGUGUAUAAACUGUCAGCAGGCAAGAUUGACAAUCAGGAAGCAAUAUCACAAAUCACGAAAAUUGUGACAGCGCCACCGAAUUCACAACCUCCUUCUCAAGCUGCUGCUAGACCUUUUCGUGAUCAGGUCCAUCCACCAUGUCCAGAACCUCCUGUGGGACAACAUGAUGUUGAUUUACGAGAGCCGCCUAAACCAACGAGAGUGACUGCUAUGGGUGUAGACUUUCCUGACGAUGGCUACAAAUUUGACAUGCCACGUUUGGCCGUUCUGAAGAAGUCGGCACUCAGUAAUACUUUCAAGGCAGAAAGGCAUGUGCAGGAUAAACGCAAUUUUGAACUGGUGCGAUACCCUGGUGGUAAUAUAAGAGGAAGUAAAGUGUCUUAUCUCGGAUUUAUGCCCCUUUUUACUCCCCGCGUGCCUGGUAGGGAUGGUCCACCUUCUGGAGCAAGCAAAGGGACGAUUUCACCUUCUGGUGCUGCCAAUGCAAAAGAACCUUGGGGCACACAAAUCUCUGGGAAAAAAAUUGGUAGGGAUCCUCGUUUCCGGCAGAGUUUAGGGAGUGGAAGCGAAGGGCCGGGCAGUGCUGGUGUGCAGCCUAGUGUGGCUAGUACUGCAAGUGGUACAGGAUUGACAUCUGCAGUACCACCGCAAGCAGCACGCCAGCACUCGACUGGCACGAGCCAACCUCUUGGUAACCUGCUGAUUGAGGAUAUCCUGCCGACUGCCACCCUGACAAGCAUUCUGCAGAAAUUCAAUCCUGGACAGUUUAAACCAGAGGCCUCUACUGGAUUGAAACUCGCAUCCCUCAAGGACAAAUCUGGUGGGUCUUCUCCUGUUGAUGACCAGGCUUUAGCGGAAAGAGACUUGUAUAACAUGGAUCCAAACUCAAGGUCAAGUUCUCCAAAUGAUAUGCCAUAUCUUGAAGAACAUGAAGAAGAAGAAGAAAAGGCUGCGCCGCCAAAACCAAAAACUGGAUUCUAUAGCACAUACACUCCAGGUGAUAUUGAGAAACACUUCAAUUCACCAAAGACGCAGAGUAUUCUAACUGGUUUUUCUAGUCCCUACAGCACUUCCAGUGCUCCUCAGCAGACAAGCAUCACCACUUCAUCUCAGUCAACUCCAACUAUGCCACUGUCCGACAAGCUUGACUCUGUCCUGGACUCUGGUGGACGGUCGGCUAGUGAUCUAGCCAAGUCCCUCUUACAAAAGCUUCAUAUCCCUGUUGUCCCUGGUGCAGAGCCGGUCAAACCGACUGAUAUAGCAAGUGUACUUGUAAAGCAGUCAAAAUCUGCAUUCGAACUGUCACGUGCAACAGUACAGCUUCCCCCUCCGACUCCUGUGUCAGCAGUCACAGCAAAGUCUCAUGAACAACUGGAAACUCAAGUCCAAGUUUCAGACAAGGCAAAAGCUGAUCAAGGAAAUGAAAAGCCCACCACUGCCACUCCAGCUAUUGGCUCUCCUGCUUCUAUUGACAUCGCUUACGAAAUGGAGGACGAUGACGCUCCAAUCAAGUCGGUUGAAAGCAUGAAGUCAUUCCUGAAUGAAGAUGUCGACAAAACAGAGAAGCUGGCUCUGCCGCUUAAAGCUGGCAUGCACAGGUUCAGAAAUAGAUCAAAGCGGAAAUCAGCCAAGUUGUACCCGGUCUAUAUACCGAGCAGAAUCAAACGCAAGGCCGAUGAUGAACCUCCAGAGGCAGUGCCAUCGAAGGUGCACAAGCCCAUCUUGGAGACAUCUGAUCAAGGUGCAAAACUCACCCAAGAUCUCCCAACAGAAAACAUUCCGAUUUGCCAACCGGGUGGGACAGCAAGCGGAAUUCAUGACGAAACUAUUCAACGGAUUCCAGCAGUUACAGGGACAACAGAAUCAAAACUCGUCCACGCCGAGCCUUCCCAAGCCUCCAUCGCAUCAGAUGCCGCAGCCCUACCAGGCACAGCAGUACCGUCACCAUUACCCAGGGCAACGGAUUCAGCAGAACCGGCAACAGGUCUUGCAGCAGAUACAAAGACAAAAACAGAUGCUGAGGCGUCCGUACAGCAACAACCGGUCACGCUCAUACCCACCGCGAAGAUAAAAACUGAAAAAGACGACACAAUGGGGACUAUGGGAAAUCAUGCUAACUCUAUUCAUUCCAGUGAUAAAUAUUGUUCAUUCAUAUCAAAAAUUGCAAGGGAGCAUGGGAACUUUGAAGGCAACUAUUUACUGAAAUCGGGACUUGAUUUGCCGCUGAGGAAACUGAGUAAAUUUCAUGGUGUUGCAUGUGGGACUUCUCUGACUGAUGUGAAAGUUGAGUUUCGAUGGAAUCCAGUAGCAGAGAGAUUGAACAACAAUAGGAUGACACGACACCAACUGAUUGAAGUCGGCUUGACCAAUGCACUACACAAGAGUCUUGGACGGUACAAGCGUGGUGAACUUUCAGAAAUGGAAAAAAUCAAUGAAGAAUCUGUCAAGAAGGUGCUGCACAGGAUUAAGGCUAGACCAGAAAGGAAAGUCGCUGUUGCCAAGAGUCCAGUCACUAACAAAGGAAAAGGACAGAAAUCUCUAUCAGCACCCAAGUCUGCUUCACUGGCGCCUCUGAAAUCGCCUGUUGCUACAGACAAACCGAUGGGACAAAGCCAGGCUGUGCCAAAAGUCGGACAAGAUGAGUUGGGACAAAAUAAUGUGCCUAAACAUUCAAAACAGGACACUUCUAUUGACUUGUCAAAUUCUGGUGCUAUUAGAAACAAUGAACCAAACUCUGUUGUUCAGUCCACGGAGUCCGCGGUUGUUUCUCCUAUGCCUGGACAAAAUAUCGAAGGUUUAGCAGGCCCUGUGCCAGCCCCUGGGUUCGUAUCCCUUAGUCAGUACAUUCCAAUGAAAGGUAUAACACCUUUGACUAGUCAAGCUCAGAUGGCUUAUAGUGGUGCUGCGACGACACCAUGCGGUGUUGGGGCCAGUUCAGAGUCAACAGGAGAAUCUAGUCAUCAAGACAGUCAGAAUCAACCGCCGAGGAAAAAGAAUAAGCUUGGUGAAUCGAACAACAAUGGUGAGAAGCCUGAAAAACUGAAGCAAGAACCAGUAGACCAUGUACCAAUCCUCACACACGACCUAUCUGCUCAUCACAUUACCUCAUCUGAUAGUUUUGCCAACUUUCAGAAAUCCUUAAAAAAGAAAGCUGGUAUAAAAUUAGUACUCAGUUCAUCAUUGCCCACAGAUUCAUCUGAGAAGACAAAAUCUGACCCAGCAGUGACCUCUUCUGUAUCAAGAACACCGACCGUCACAACACCUGUUGAGAAUGUACACUAUUUUGCCCCAGGAAGUGCAAUCCCUGUUCUCUCGAACCGUACUGCCUUGUCGCAAGCACCAAGUGUUCCUGUCGUUACAACUCUUCCUGUUACCUCUGUGCCUGUCACACAUAGCGUGUUCACGAUCCCCACACUUGGUUCAACACCAAAGAAAAUCACUGCCGUUGACGUGUCAACUGUUGCAUCGAGCGCUAUUACUGUCAUAUCCUCAAACAGCGUCCCGAGUGUGUCAUGGCAGAGUCAACCAGCCGUUGGUAACCUGAAGUCAAUACCUAGGGCUAUGGACGUCCCGACUGAAGCGGUUGCAUCGACCGGCAAGGCACAGCCAGAGUUCAUUACCCCAGGGCUAUCAAGAGAUGGUGUGCAAAUGAAAAUAGACAUCCAGACUGAGCCAAGGAGUCAAUCAAAGACUGCCGAUUCGACAUCCACAGUUCCUGCAACUACCUGUAGUGAAGCUGAAAUCAAGACCGAGCCACCAGGCAAGCGAUACAUGUACACUUGUCUGGCAUGCUCCCUUGAGUACAGACUAGAAAAAAACUUAGAAUACCAUUUUGAUAGCACUGGUCAUGGUAAACGGCACAAAAAUCUAAAAUCAGCUAAAGUCCUAGAAUCAUCAACAGCUGUUCCUGCAAUAGUCAAGAAAGAACCUCAAUCUAUCGUCGGUACUAUCAAAUCCGAGCCAAGGGACGCUGCACCGAGCUCCUCAAAACCUGGUGCUAAACUCCAGUGCGGCUUCUGUUGGAAUACAUUCAAGAAUAGCGAUGAGCUUCUGAAACAUCGUGAGAAUACUGGUCAUUCUGUACCGGAUGUUAGUACCGUCAGGAAAAUUGAAGAUGAAGCCACAAAAAGGGGAGAAGAGCAGAAAAAAGCUAAGGAACUUCAGAAAUUAAAAAAAAUUGCUGACAAAGUUACUGCCCUGACUAACAGAAAAACAAACAAGAAACCAUCAUCAUCAUCAUCAUCAUCAUCUAGUCAGCCAACUGCUUCUAAGUCAUCCAGUCAAUCGUCAUCGAAAUCUGACAAAAAGGAAUUUAGCUGUGGAGUCUGUGAAAAUGCAUACGAGUCUGAGAAGGAUUUGAAAUGUCAUGCCGAAUCUAGCGGUCAUGAGCCUUCGUCAGGAUCAUCGCACCAUCAGCAGGACAAAGCUUCUCGCUAUCAUCCAUAUGGGAGGUCCUCUGAGACAAGUUCCAAGUCGAUUACUCGAACUCCCUUUGUGUCUUAUCAAAAUCUGAAAGAACUGACAUCUGAUAUGACUACACCUCAGUACAAGUGGAAAAGGGAACAGGGAGAGCGUUCUUUGGUGAAAGAAGAUAGUAAGGGUGCUCGUUUCAAGGACGUCAAGUUUGUUCGAUCUACAGAGGAUCCGGAAAGUCGCAGCAAGUUCGACUUGGAGAGUCUGAAUGAGCCUGACAAAGAUGAGGAAAUUGUGGAUGAACGGCCGGCCGACUUUGAGGAAAGAAAGACACAAACUGCAUUGCUGGCUGAAAUAAUGGAAGAUGAUGAUGAUGAUGAUAGGGAAUCAGUUGUUGAUGCAGGAAACAGUUCAAAAGACGGAUCGGAUUGGAGUGGUGAUGACGACCCACUUGAGGACAAAAAGAUGUUGAAGGUCAUUGGGAUGAAACCUCCAAAUGAACGAAUCUUGGAACCAGAGGACUACUCCUUUGAAGUCGAGAGGACGACGCAAAGCUAUGCUGCGCUGCUACGUGGUGGGAUACUUGGUAGGCCACCGAAGCAUCCAGAAUUGCCAGCUGAUUUUCCCCCUGAACCACUAGGUGACCGUCCCCCAGAACCUCCAGCCGAUACUCCUGAGGAGUUGGAUGAUGAUGCGUUCAGUGGAGAAGUAGCUGAACCAGUGCCUGAACUAGAGCAGUCCAGUGGAGUUUUGUUUAGAAGUCUGAGUGUCCCUGACCCGUCGGCUGCCGAGAAAGAAGAUAACAAACAUCUGGUCAGAAGUAUGAGUGUAGCUGAAGGCGAGAGAAGAAAGGGAUACCGGUUACAUAGGAUUGAUGUUGACUUGAGGGAGAAAGUCUAUGAAGCAAAUCAAGAUGUCACUGCUGAUACUCUACUAGAGUCUAAAGUCAACACUGACCAGGAUCCACGCCGUCAGAAGAAGGAUUACUGCAAACCAAAAUUCAACGUUGAGGAUUGCUGGAAAAAGGUGGAUCUGAAGUCCCCACUUUUGUCUAAUCUGGUGAUCACGAUAACACGUGGUGAUAACGAGGACGAUGAGACUGAUGAAGAUGAAAUUCCGCAGUUUGCACCCAUCAUCAAAAUGGAGCCGAAAGAAGAGGCAGAGUUGUUUGAUAGUAGGAUGGGACUUGAUGACUGUUUAAGUCGAGAUAAUGAGCCCAGACCUCAAGAAGAACAGAUGGUGCCAGAUUUAUUCUCGCCUCAGCUUGAUCCGCAGAUUCCUGCAGGGCCUUCCCAGCCGACGAUUUUCCCACUCGAGGUCAAUGUGAGGACCCCACAACCAGAUAUGAACCAGUUUGUGGUGAAUACAUCCUAUUGGGAUUCACAACACCAGUUAGGGCCUGCCGGUGGGAGGCAAGACAUUGGGCAACUCGGGGUGAGACCAGGUCCAUUGGUUGAUCCAAGGAGCAGGCUGCCUAAUCCGUCUCCGAAUAUGGGAGUCCCCUUCAGCAGAUCACUGAUCAAAACGGAACCACCGAUGCCAUCGGGAGCCCAUUGUGCUGCUCCUAAUACUGAAAUUCAGCAUGCUCUGAACCUGCUGAAGCAGUGUGGUUUAGAUUUGCCACCAAGCCAAAUGACCAUGCUGUGGUCAAGUCUACAGGGAGACAACCAGCCACAAAAUGAACCAAACUGCAGACAAGGUCAAGGUUCUACUCCAAAUGAGAACAUCCCAUCUUCCAUAUCAAAUAUUGCCAGUCAUAUUCCUGGCAUUGGGAAUCUCAACAUGACGCCCUUUGUCGACACUGCGGUUUACCCUACUCCUGUCAGUUCCGGAUAUGGUGGGUACCCAGUGAGUGAAGCCUCUCAGGAUGAAAGCAGCAAAGGAAAAUACACAUGUAGCCAGCAGCCAAUUGUUUUCGAUUACCAGCAUUCCAGUGUGAAAGGAUACCAAGAACGGGGAACUCCUCCAAGGUUCAGAGCCGACCAGACCUCCCCAAGGAGGAGGAAUAGCAGAGAAGGACACAGCCCAAGGGAUCUGCUCAGCCCAAGGAGUCCCAGGGGUGAUAACUUCCUCAAUAUGUCAGCAUUUGAUUCUGAAGAAAUGUCUCGAAGUCAUAGUAGUCACAGUGCAGGUCGAUCAAGUAGACAUGAUUCCAGUCCUGGCCACUCUAGAAGUGAUGCCAGUCCUAGUUGUUCAGGAUUAAAAGAUUCCAGUAGCCCUCGUAGGCCAAAUCGAGAAGAGUCUAGUUCAAGUAGAUCUGGCCGAAAUCAGAGUCCACGUCUGUCCAGUAGGAGAGAGUCGAGUCCCAGUCGUCCUGGAAGAAAUUCUAGUCCUCGCCAGAGUAGGAAUGAGUUGAGUCCAAGUCGAACUAGAAGGAAUUCCAGUCCCCGCAAGUCAAGUCCAAGAGAAUCUAGUCCAAGUCGUCCAGGAAGAAAUUCCAGUCCUCGGCAAUACAAUAGGAGAGAAUCCAGUGCAGGUCGUGAAGGUCGUAACAGUCCCCACCCAUCAAGUAGAAAGGACUCAAAGUUGAGUCUUUUGGAAUCUAAAAACAGAGAAAGAAAUCCUGAGAGAAAAGACUUUGAUGCAAACAGAACUGGCAGAAAUCCCAGUCCAAAACAAUCCAGUAAAGACCACAGUCCUUCCGGAAAAAAAGAUUUAAGUCCAGGCCAUUCAAGGACUGUUAGUCCUAGGCAAUCCAGAAGGGAUGAAUCCAGUCCUGGCCCAUCGGGAAAAAACAGUGACAGGAUAAAAGAAAGCCUGGAUGUAACUGUAUCAUCUACUGGUUCCAGUACGCCUUUGCUAGAUGAUACUGAUGAUGAUGUACUCAUAAUCCAGACAAGUGAUACAGUGAUAAGACCAAGCAGAGGAUUUCAGAGUGGGGACACUGUCGUUGUCCAACAGAGUGAUAGCAUUAGAAUUGAGCAGGCCAAAGACAAUGAUGACGUUAUUAUUGUUCAAAGAACUCAUCCGAGUGAUGAUGUGAUCAUCACACCAGCAACCUCUUUUACAUCAGCAGUGAGACAAGUGGACUGCGAAGAUGUGGUUGUCAUCCAGCAGAGUGGCAAUGUUAGACUUGAGCCUGCAAGAGUUUCAGAUGGUGACAUCAUUGUUGGUAAGAAGAGUGAUGUAGCGGUGAUGGUGCAGGAGAGAGGUCAGACUGAUAAUGAAACUGGUGGCAACAGUCAGAGUGAUUCAAGUAAGCCAGGACAGGAAAAUAAAAACAGAUAUGACGUCAUCAUUAUUGGAGAGAGUCCUGAAAAGGAGCCGAAAGGGGCAGUUAGUAUGCCUGGGUCGCCAAUAAAAUUUGCUGCUAGGAAGAAAAUGGAGGCUAUGAAGGCAUUCAUAGCUAAAACCAAGCAACGUGAGGACACAAAGAAGCUUGAGGAGACAAAGAAAGAGGCAAAAAAGAAAGAGCCAAUUAAACUAGAUAAGAGUCAUGGUACAGUAAAGUCUGAAAUGGAUCGGUUCAGGCAAAUGGAGAGAGCAGUGCUUUCGAAGACCAACUAUAAUUUUAACACUAUGAAUAUUGGAGCGCUCGGUAAGGCUUUGAGUGGUGAUGAGUGCAAGGCACACUUGUUUCAGCUACGCACACCUCUUGCUGAAGAUGCUAGAAAUCUUGGAGAAAUCAAUAAAGUAUUGCUGUCUGCAUACGAGAAGUUUGAUGAGGAAAUGGUGAAGAAUCGUUUGGAUUCAUUCACUUUUGAAAUUGAUGCCAUGAAGUCACAAGCCAUUGGACUAGACUCAAGUUUAAGUGAUUGUCUUUAUGAUUCUCAGAUAUCUUCGACUAACACCUCGCCUGAAAAAAAGGCAGUGUCUAAAAGACUUCAUGAUGAUUUUACUGUAUCUCCGCAUUUCCGUCCACUGCACAGUUUAUUCAAGAAAGAUUUGACGAGCUCUUUGGGUGAGCACCCCGUUGAUUCUGUCACCCAGGGAGUAUUGAAAGAAAUCUAUGAUAAGCUGAAUCGGUGUGGGUCGCUUGGAAGCACGAUUGAAUCUGUCAAAGAAGAAGCUUUGCAGAACUGGGAAAAUGAGUACGGAUCACUUGCAAGUGAUCCAGACUAUUGGUGUCCCAAGGCAAAAAUGCCAGAAGAGAUUACACCCCAUCUGAGACCUCUCAUACUCUGUCCGAAACGUAGAUUAGAUGAGAUCGAUGGCAUCUCCAAGACAGUCCAAGGAGAAAUAUUCAACACACUCCUAAAGCUCUCUGACUUGGCCUUUGAAGAUGUAGACCAUACGGAAGCAAUAUCAUGGGAACAAGAGAUUCCAUCUCCCAUACGAGCGAGUCCAAUAAAGUCUUCACGGAACGGCUCUUACUGGCUCAAUAUGCCUAUUGGACAACAGUUUUUGGCUCCACAUAGUUUGUCAACACCUGGAGCACUUCCACUUGGUCCAACUGCAGAGUCAAUUAAGAAUGCUGUCAUCGAUUUAACAGAAGAGGCUGAGUCCUUAUUGCAGCCACUUAAAAUUGACACUGGCCCGACGUUUGAUGCCUUACCAGACUUGAUGUAUUCACCAAGCGAUCCUACACAGGAUAGCCCUACCAAGAAAUAUAGUUCUCAUUACUUACGAGAAGAUAGCUGGGUUAAAAAGCCUAGAAGAUUCAGAGAGAGCCCCCAGGCAAAAAUGCAUCAUGAGACCUCUACGACACGUAGAUUUCGAGAAAGCCCUAAAGCGAGAGUGCAUAGAGAGUUGAGCCCUCAAAGAAAGGGACCAAAAGAAGAUAGAAGGGUCAAACGUAUGCUUGCAGAUAUUGAUGGUUACAGCAAAUGGGAACAUGUAGAAGUGUCAAGUUCAGAAAGUGAUAUCGUUAAACCCUCUGUUGAAACUGAUGAUGAUGACCUUGGCAUCUCUGACUCAUCGUUGCCUAGCUACAGCCCUGAGCAGAAGGUUGAGUUACCAGAUACUUCUGCAGUUGUGAGAGGAAAAAGCCAUGCCCUCUACAGCAUUGCCAUGAUGAAUACAGACCAAAAACAUGAAUCUUCAGAGUCUGAGUCUGACCUUCUUAGCCAGAUUGAGAUGGCAAUUGCAGAAAGUCUUCAGCCUCCUCGAACCAAGGUACGAACGCACGCCAAGAGAAAGCGCUCAAGUCAGGAUACUGGUAAUGCUGUUGAUGACAUCACUGAUAGCGAUGAUAUCGUGGGCUCUGAUACAGACAGUGAAUCUGAUUCUGAUACUUUUGCCAGGCCUACAGCAUCCAAGCCUAUCGGUGAGGAGAAGGAGCCUGUAAUGAAGCCUGCCAGUGAGGCAGAGCGAAGUACUGAAGGAAAGCCUCUUCGUCAAUUCAAACCUGUGGCUACUGAGGUGAAACCAGAUCCUAAUGAUAUGUUCAGCGUAGAGGAACCAGAAUUUACUCCGAAAGUGAGCAUUACCAAGUCAGGCAGUACUGAUGAGUCAACUGUGACUUGUCAUGACACAAAGUUGGCUGAUACCACUGAAGCUCUCACCGGGUCCUCUACGAAAGACAGUUCCUUCAAAGAAGUUGACCAGAUUGGGGAAAGUACUCGAAUCUUGCCAGCAAAGUUUAAGUUAGAUUUUAAGCCUGGGAAAGACCAAACUGCUUCACCAGAAAAGCAACGUUUCACGGAGGAGGUUGUUGAAGAUAAUCCUGACCCAAUUCCGAGGAAGAGUCCAGAACUAGGUGACAUGCUGAAAAUGAGGUAUCCUAACUUGACGGCUCAAGACCAAAGUCAGGGUCGGGGUAACCGAGGUCGUGGUUACUUUGCCAAAAGAGGUGGGAGAAGGGCUCAUGACAUGGAUGCAGAGGAGAGGAAAAGAAGGAGAGCUGCAGCUGAGGCAAAGGCAGAGUUGAUAGAUGAUUACAUGGAGUUCGAUAUUGACAAACAUGCUGAUGUUGUUGAAGAGAAAAAGAGUGUUACAUGUAGUAAUGCUGGGACGUUGAAAUCCAGUCCUAUGAAAGGAAAGAAUCUUCUGUUAAAAGCUUUUAGACAGAUGGUGCAAACAAAGAAGCCAGCUGGUCUUGCUGAACUCGGGAAACAUUAUGAGAAUGUCAAAGGGUUUUCUGCAACUGACUCCAUCGACACAACUGAUGGUGGAGUUCCAGGUUGCAAUAUAUUCUGCAUGGAACAGGGGCAAGAUAGGACUUCCAAAUCUAUGAAGCCUGGAGAUAUCCCUCUUCCUGGUAUGAAAAGUGCCAAAGAUCGUUCUGCUGAAACACUGAGAUAUCAUCACUCGCAUAGCUGCAGUCCUACCAAAGAAUCACAAGAAGACACUUUCACCUCUAUCAAGGAACACACAUGUAGGGGCAGCCCAAGACAGUUAGGGAUGUCAAAGUCUCCUGUUAGGCACUCAGACGAAUUGUCCUCGGCCCCUAAAACGAGAGCAAGAAUGCUGCUGGAGAAGGAGAGGCUAGAAAUCACUGGGUCUGAAGCUGGGUCUGCACCUCCUAAAACAAGGGCAAGGAUGUUGCUUGAGUUGGAAAGGCUUGAAGGACAAGAACCAGGAAGUUCAUUACAACGCAGAGGAUCCUCUCCUGCCUCAGCCUCCUCAAAUGCAACAACUAGAAGAUCAUCAAGGGAGGUUUUGUCACCAUCAUACUGGACGCCUGCUGAUGAGCAUCUAGAGGGGAAGUCUCAUGAUCGUUUUAACCGCUGCUUUAGAAGUCGGCGGUCAUAUAAACAUGAAGGCACAUUAGACCGCCCACCACGCUAUGCAGGAGAUGAUGAUAGGUUACAGCGACAAGGUUCUGUGACUGAGAAAUCUAGUCAGAUAUCCUAUUCUCCUGGUUCUGACAGACGUCGACGGUCUAGAAGAUCGCCAAGUUCGGAAAGUGACUCCAGGGGACGAUCAAGGCAAGUGAUUGACGGUGCAAAAUCAAAAGAGAUCCAGCAUUUUGAUGACAGUUUGAACAGCCUAUUUGGCCUGAAUCUUUCCUCUGGCAGCUCAAGGAGGUCAACACAGACAGCUGAAGAUUCAACUCCUAAGUCGACCCACCUUCAUGCGUUAUCUGAAAUGUCACUUUCUCUCUAUAACAAACACGGUCAAGUUACAAUACAUGAUACCACACCAUGUGAGAGUGAUGUAUCAGAUUGGGCCAGUACACCUGAACAUUCUGCUUACUCUGUUGGAAGUGAGGAUAAUGUGUCCUCAAGCAGCAGUUUUGACUCGGAUACAGAUGUCUCCAUGAGUGAGACCGAGGAACAGAAAAAAGUCACAGAAAGUGAAGAAAAGCCCAAAGAAAGAUCUCAAGAAAGAUCUGAGAAGUCGAGAACACCAGAAACGGAUUCUAUUGAAAAAGACAAAGAACAUGAGGAUAUCGAGAUCCUCAUGCAUGCCAGAAAAGUGCUUGGCGAUCACAGAGUAUUGUCACCAUCCAAAGUUGCGCCCUUGAAGAGGGAACAAGUUCCUUGCACAUCACUGAUAGAGAGCCCAAUAAAGAAAAAAUGCAAGGAUUUGCCGAAUGUGGAGAAAGUGGUCUCGGCUUUAGUGGAUGAUGUGGAAGAGGAUGGUGGCGAAAGGAACACUAGCAAGCGAGCCCAGAAGACUAAACGACAACGGGUGUUCUUGCGAAGGAAAGGAUUUGAUUCUGCCUCUGACUCAGGAAAUGGUGAUGAACCUGAUGGGGGCUCCAUAUCAACCUCUGCUACCGAAUUGGAACCAGCAGCUGGGAAGUCAGAUUACCUGAAUACUGAUCCGGUACCAAAUAAGCAUGCAGAAUCUGAACUUAUUGGCAAGAGUCGAAGCUUAUCUAUCCAUACUCCGUCUCUACCAAGUGGGGGUGACAAACCUGGAGAAGUCUCAGAAUCAAAAUCUGUCCCUGUCAAAUUUGGAAGUCCAUGUCCAGCCAGUUGCACCUCACGUAACGUGGUGCACCAAUCUCUCCAGCAGCAUGAUUCUCGGUCAAAAACUCCACCUCGUAUAACUGGGAAACAUUCAAGAUCAAGGUCAGACUCAAGGAGUCGAAGUGGCUCAAGAUCAAAAUUUUCAAAAAGGCAGUCAUCAAGGAGGUCACGGUCACGCAGUUCUAGAGUUUCCGUAUCUCGCCGGUCAAGGUCACGCAGUCCUAGGCAUUAUAAAUCGAGAAGGUCGCGGUCACAAAGUCCCAGGUACAACAAAUCCAGAAGGUCAAGAAGUCCUCAGCGCCGGGCAUCACGAAGGUCAAAAAGUCCCAGACGCUACUCUACCAGACGGUCAAGAAGUCCACCAAGCAGGUCAAGGUCACAAAGUCCUCGCCACCACUCCUCAAGAAGUUCAUCUCGUAAUAGGUCAAGAAGUCCUGGUCAGGGGUCUAGGACCCAAAGCCCUGGGCAGUUGAAAAAGCUUCGUGACUGCAGGUCCAUUGAUCCAUAUGACUAUCAUGCAAGACCAGAAGGUCCUUAUUACCAAUACACAUCGGGUAACAUCAGCAAAGAUUCUACGAAGCCAGGUGAAAGUUAUUCGACAGGAGUAAAAGUGGAUGUCACCAAAAGUAUUGAAAUGAUGCUCAAGGCUGAGAAAGAGAAGUGUGCUGCAAAACAAGCUGCAGCUACUCCACCUGUUUAUGAUACAAUAUCUACAGCUAGUUCCUUCAGUGAAGAGUUGGAAGACGGUGAGAUUUGUGAUGACUCAGACGAUGGUGUUGCAGAUGAUCCGAAAACCAAGUCAGCUGUGGCAGGGAAGAGAGCGAUGUCCUCUACUUCUAAAUCUAUGUCCCGACACAGUAACUACCACCACAGCUCAAGCGGAAGUCGCAGGAAAAAUGAACAUUCAAGUCAUAGAAAUGAAAGAGAAAGAAAGGACUCUGAUGGGCGGUAUCAAUCUCGUUUUGGUACGAGAAGAGGGAAGCGUGGGGGACGACCACGUUCUUCUACUGAAGGGUCGGAGAAGCCUUCCAGUAGCUCUAGAUCAGAAACAGGAAAGGACUCGACAAGUAUUAGCACGAGAAGACAGUCAGGGGAAAGAGCAAAGAGGUCCUCUGUAGAUGAUGCUAAGGUGGUCCAUUCACCAGCAAGAAAUGAAAUUAUCAAAAUAACGAUAACAAAUGAAGUGCACCAGCCACAGCCGCCAUCUCCCAUUAAAUUCUCGUUCAGGAAGAAAGCGACAAAGUUAGAGCAGCAGAAGUCAUCAGGUUAUUGGGAUGCAGAGACUUCUCAGGAUAGCCCUGAAACUGCUUCAGCAUCUAUCAAGAUCGAACGAAACGAAUCUCAAUAUGAUAUGACAAGAAGUAGCCAAGACAACUCUGAAGUGGCAGGGUCAAAUAUGGAGACAACUGGAACAGAAUCGGUCAAGCAUGGGUCCCCAAUUCGGAGGACUACAAAUUUAAAGGUAGACAAGAUGGCAUUGAAAUCAGUUGAUGGAAGACGAUCAUCAGAUCUUGUGAAAUUGAUGGGUUCUCCAAGAGAUGAUGCAGUCCAUGAAACCAACACUAAUCCUGCUAAAAGGCAACGCAUCCAAAACAAGAGUCCAGAAUCUGACCAGCCAAAGACUUAUGCCUAUGUGUGCAACACCAUUGAUGACACUGCUGACCUUGUCAAGCAACAACUCACCAGCCAGAAUAUCCAGCUAUUUGAUCCGUACAACAUCCAGUCUCUUUACCCAAAAGAUGUCACCACAGAAAUUCUUGUCUUCAUCCUUGAAGAGGAUAUACCAAGAGCCAACCUCAUCCCUAAUCUUCUGGUUCUAAAGAAAGACCCACAGGUAGUUUUCUGUCCUUAUACGGAUGUAUCAGAAAUCCAGGAAGGCACAUAUCGAAGAGGGGCAUUGUUUAGUCAAGGAGGAAUGGUCGUGCCUGAUGAGGAUAUACUGUUGGAUUGUUCACCAGAUCACUUGAAGUCUGCGCUGGAAGACAUGCUAGAACAGCAACGCUGCGGCAACGAGUGGAGUGUUAAAGUUCAUUCACAGGUCAUCUGUAAACUGGCAGAACAGGCAAAGAACAAUGAAGCCGGCAUCUCCAAGAGAGCACGAGUCAUCCUAGAGCUGCUCACCACCUAUAGAAAUGAGGGGAUCGUCGAGCUUCUUGCCAAGCACAAGUGUGACAUGCAUCCCAAACCAGCGCAAGAAUACCUGCCAUGUUUGUUAGAGCUGCAGCGUAAACACUGUUCUUCAUACAGAUUCACCAUCAUGCUCAGUGACCUGAACAAGAUCACCUCGGCUGGAGCCAUCAAGCCGUUUCAGAGGAAUGCCAUUGGAGUCGUAAACCUAGAAGAGAUGUUGGCUGAAUACUUUACGCAAAACCAAGAAAAGAAGCAACAGAAAGUCACAGCCUAUAGAUUCAGGUAUUAGUGGGGUCCUGGCCGUAGGCCAAGGGAAAUGUCAAGCCCAGCUCCGCUCUCCUCUGUACCAGCGUCAUUCGUAGAUGCAAUGAUCAGUGAUGCUGUCGAAAUAGUCCACUGCAACUACACUCCAUUGUAAGAAAUGAGACCAUGGACCUGAUGCCAGUACAAAACCGGAAUACAAAACCACAAAAUCUCGUGCCAUAUUUCAGAUCUGUUUCAAGACACACUCUUGAUCCCACUCAGUCUUGUUGUGGCCGUUCGUUAGUAGCAAAAAAACGGACCAACUUGUGUAUACCGUACUUGGAACAAACUAUCAUCGAACUUUUACUCCAGUUUUCAAGUUGUUUAAUAGACAUUUGUGAUACUUUUAGAUCAACUCCAAACAUAUAGCUCGGAAGCAUAAUAGUUUUCUGUAAAUCAUGUUUUAAUUUACUUCUGGCUCAGUUUCUCAAUUGGCAUUAAAACACUAAUGUUACUGAUAACUCCAACUGAGUAUAAACCAGACCUUGAAGUUUCUGCCUGUUGCUACAUGUAUGAAAAACCCAAAGUUGCCUUUUUGUUUAUGUUGCAGGAUAUCUGUCCAAUUUUGUGUUCUAAUUCAAUAUUCUUUGAUAUUUUGUUGUUUAUUUGGAUCUGGUAAUAAAAAAAAGAAAUAUAUAUUUUAGAUAUAAUUGCCUAUUGUGGAAAUGUGCUUCAUCGUGAGUACAUACUUUGUUGUUUUAUUUGUUGCUUUGCUGAACCAAAUUACGGCCGUCACUUAGUUGGCCGAAUUACAGUUCUUGCUAUGUCUUAUCGGUGAAUAUUUUAUGGAAUAGAUUGUAAGUUAUUGCUUCAUUUCUGUUCUUGCUACCUUCUGGUGUCCUUAAAACUGCUCAGAAUGAUGAAUGAGAUCUGGAAUGUAUUCCUGUUACACCUUUGCACAAGGCCAUUCAAAACCCUAUCUUUAAAGCGGGUGAAUCAACUUUGAAUAUUGUAAUAUUAUUGUUAUGUCUUAAUAGCUUUCAUAUUUUAACCAGAGAUCAAUGAAAAAAUGUUGUCAUUUGAAAGGCUUUUUAAAGUGAAGUGUUUUUGCUGUUGGAAUAAUGUUUAAUUUUAUGAUGUGCUAAUUCUAUUUGUCUUGAUUUUUAUGGUUUUGCAGUUUGCGUAUAUUUUGAUUUAUCGAUGAUUGGUUGAUUGUAUAAGGUUUGGAAAGGUAAUCAGAUCAGGAAAAUGUUCUGUACAUGUACUUAGGCUACAGUAGGCUUAAAUGCCAGUGUACAUGCAGUGUGCAGGUGUGUUGGGGGUAGGGCUUAAUUUCAUUCCAACAGUGUUAUUUCAAAAUGACUGGUAAAUGUAUUGAAAAAGAGUUGUACAGCAGUUGUAAACUGUGACAAUAUCGGGCCCAGGGUUGGGGCCUACUUCAGUGUUAUUUCAAAAUGACUGGUAAAUGUAUUGAAAAAGAGUUGUACAGCAGUUGUAAACUGUGACAAUAUCAGGCCCAGGGUUGGGGCCUACUUCAGAAGGUUGGGGGUUGAAGGCCAUGAUUGAGCUGGUAGAACAUUUCUUAAGGGUGGGGUUUCAGGAUCACGGUUUUAACAUUACAGUGUAUGAUAACAUGCAUAGUCAACAUAAUUGUCUUUUCAUUUCAUGAAAAUUGAAACAGUAACUUGUCUUAUAUUCCAAACCAUAAUAAAGGAUUUUGUCACCCAAGAAUCAUGCAUUUUGAGAUUUGGUUGUUCGUGCUGUAAAUUACUACUCACUUGUACACUAUAUGACAGAUAAAAAGGUACUGCAUUGCUAUUUCAUUGGUGGGCUGGUAAACUGGUGAGAAACUCAUCAAAUUUCUCUGUUAAAUGUUCAAUGAAAAACCUUCAUCAUGUUUUUAAAAGACAACUUUUUUGUGAAGAUUGUGAGAAAAGCAUUUAUUGUCUUGUACAGGUGUGCCACUUUUGAAAUAAAAUAUGAAUUUUUUA